AUGGCUUCAUUCCUGGCACGAACCGGCGGACCACUAAUCGAGUCCGUUAGACCCAAGACCGUUCAAAAGAUCCUCAGCUAUGCUCCCGUUGCGCUGCAACAAUUGCGAAACCUGAACGUGCAGGAACAUGUCUCGUACACUCUCCUCAACGAAAGUGGAAUCCCAACACCGCGCUUCGCUGUGGCCAAGAAUGGAAAGGAGGCGAGCGAUAUUGCCAGCAAGCUUAAAACAGACAAUCUUGUGCUCAAGGCGCAAGUUCUGGCCGGCGGUCGCGGCAAGGGAACUUUUAAGAAUGGCCUAAAGGGCGGCGUGCGUGUGGUCUACGACCCCAAGAGCGCCGAGGAAAUUUCCUCAAAAAUGAUUGACCAACUCCUGAUUACCAAGCAAACCGGAGCCGCUGGUCGCAUCUGCAAGAAAGUGAUGGUUGCCGAGAGGAAAUUCCCCCGCCGUGAGUUCUACUUUGCCGUCAUGAUGGAGCGUGCCUUCAAUGGCCCCGUUUUGAUUGCCUCGAAGGAGGGUGGCGUGGAUAUUGAGGAAGUGGCCAAAGAGAACCCCGAUGCCAUUAUCUACGAACCUAUCGACAUUGCCAGGGGUCUGACCGAAGAGCAGGCAUGCAAAAUUGUCGAGAAAGUCGGCCUUGGCGGCGACGGUGCCGAUGAGCAUAUCAAGAUGCUGCUCAACCUAUACCAGCUGUUCGUGAAGAAGGAUGCUCUCUUGGUGGAGAUCAAUCCCUAUGCCGAGGAUGCCAUGAGUGGCUGCUUCUUUGCAUUGGACGCCAAACUGCGGUUCGAUGACAAUGCAGAGUUCCGUCAAAAGGAGCUGUUCUCUAUGCGGGAUUGGACCCAGGAGGAUCCCAAGGAAGUGGAGGCAGCCAAAUACAAUUUGAAUUACAUUGCUCUAGAUGGCACCAUCGGCUGCAUGGUGAACGGUGCCGGUUUGGCCAUGGCCACAAUGGACAUCAUCAAGCUGUACGGAGGGGAGCCGGCCAACUUCCUGGAUGUGGGUGGCGGAGCCACUGCCGAUGCUGUUAAGGCUGCCUUCAAGAUCAUUACUUCCGACAGGAAGGUGCUCUGCCUGUUGGUUAAUAUCUUUGGCGGCAUUAUGCGUUGCGAUGUCAUUGCCGAGGGCAUUAUUGCUGCUGCCAAGGAUCUGAAUCUUAACUUGCCCAUUGUUGUGCGCCUCCAGGGCACCAAAGUGAAGGAGGCUCGCGAACUUAUACGCGCAUCUGGUCUGAAGAUUUUGGCACGUGACGAUCUCGACAAGGCGGCCGAUCUGGCUGUGCAUUUGGCCCAGAUUGUAAAGUUGGCGCGCGAAAUGAAAAUGGAUGUGAACUUUGAGAUUCCCGCCGACCAAAAGGGCAAGGGCAAGAAGAAGGAAUGUAAGGAAGAGAAAAGCAAAAAAGAGGAAGAGAAAUGCAAGAAAAAGUAAUCCAAGAACAUCUGCGAUUAGCCAACAACAAAAAAACUCAACAAAAA